GGAUUUUAUUUUGCCUACAUAGAGCGCCUUUUGACGGGUAUCUCCGAAUCUGAUUGGAGCGCAUCUGAGUGAGCUUGGCUUAACGGGAACCAGGGCCGAAUGGAGACGAUGGCGAUAUGUAUUUCCCCGCCGCCGCCAAUCUCGCAGUGAAAUGGCUUGAUGCUAUAAGCUUUACGGGGUAGCCUCAAGUUCUAUGCGGGGUACCUAUUUUCCCCAGGUUAUUUCUCCGUCUCCAGGCGAGGAUGCGAUAGGCCUCGGAGCUCUUCACGGUAGGUGGCACAAGUAAGCUAUGGCAGCUAUAAAUUCCUUGACUUCGUCCGCUUUCUCCAGAAGUCUGCAUCUGGAAAGUUGUAGUUGCAAACAUGCGUAUCGAAGUUCUUGCUCUGUCCUUAUUCCUCUUCGGGGCUGCAUGUGCUGCUCCACGGGAGCUCCCCUUCUCGACCUUCAGCAACGUCACGGUAUUCGCCCCUCCCGCCGAUUACACAGAUCCACAAGUGCUCUACGCACGAACCGUUGAACUCGAGGAUGGGGCUCUUCUGGCAACAUGGGAAAAUUAUAGUCCACAGCCCCCGCUCGUCUACUUCCCCAUCUUCAAGAGUGUUGAUGGGGGGGAGACAUGGAAAGAAAUCUCUAAAGUGACGGACCAGGUCAACAACUGGGGGCUUCGAUAUCAGCCGUUCUUGUAUGAGCUUCCUGCACCUGUCGGACGUUAUGCAGCUGGAACGGUUCUUCUGGCGGGGAACAGCAUUCCAGAAAAUCUGAACUCCACCGAAAUUGACGUCUACGCAAGUGAAGACAAAGGUUAUACCUGGCACUUUGUCUCGCGUGUUGCAUCUGGUGGUCCAGCUGACACAACGGAUGGUGUUCCUGCAAUUUGGGAGCCUUUCAUCCUAUACUACGAGGGCAAGAUCAUCGUCUACUAUUCAGAUCAACGAGAUCCACUCCAUGGCCAAAAGCUUGUCCAUCAAGUCUCCGAUGACCUUCUCUCCUGGGAGCCGCCAGUGGACGACGUAGCCUACCAACCCUAUACGGACCGACCUGGGAUGACGACCGUAACGCAUCUUCCCAAUGGAAAAUACAUUAUGACUUAUGAAUAUGGUGGUGGACCACAUGUUUCCGGUACGGAUUACGAGUUCCCAGUCUACUACCGCAUCAACGACAGUCCCUUGGAGUUCAACAACUCCGUCGGCUACCCAAUCAUCGCGGACGAUGGCACGCAGCCCACCUCUUCACCGUAUAUCACUUGGUCCCCAAUCGGGGGACCAAACGGCACUAUUAUCGUCAGUUCGGGCAGUUAUAGCCAGAUCUUCACGAAUCAGAAGUUGGGGGCCGUUGAUGCAUGGAAGAUUGUUCCAACCCCCGAAGGGAUUUCUUACACACGCCAUUUGAGGGUAUUCAAGUUUAUCCCGGAUCAUUUGCUAAUAAUGGGUGCGGGUUUCCUUCCACCCAGCACUACGAAUAAGGUCACAGUCAGUGUGAUUGACCUUGCGAAGAGUCUGCUCUCAGCGAGCUGAAUGGAGCGGGGUAUGGGAGGAUUGAAGAUGAGCUGCCUGAUAACUAAAUAAUGGUCAAUCAAAAGCUCAACUUCCUGAUCAUGAUGGUUUUAAGGCUUAGGAUGGCUGUAAGAGUUCCUUGUAUCUUUAUCCACCUCUUCCAAUUUAUGUGAGUUUGGAUGCUUCAACUCAUAAUAUUACAUACUCUUUCGUU